UCGACACCUCCCCGGGCCGGGGCUGCGGGCCCUUCGUGGACUGGGCCCAGAUGCCGGAGGCGCAGGGCCCGGCGCGGAUCCCGCGGGACGUGCUGGGCCGGCCCGCGAAAGAGCUGAAGCGGCUGGCGAGGGAAGGCUGCUGGGCCGGGAGCCACGCGGGCCGGGCCCGGCUCUACCCCCGGCUCAUCCAGCGCGUCUCCUGCCGCCUCGUCACCCCCGACGCGCUCGUGUACCGGGACGUGGCCGGCCGGCUCUUCGGGCAGCGCAGCGUGAGCUCGCACCCCCUGCCCGAGUUCCUGGAGGGCUGCCCCGUGCCCACCUACUGCCUCAGCCCGCGCGGGGUCACGGCCCUGAGGAAGAUCCUCAUCUGCGUGGGCGCCCUGUUCCCCGACAUCACGCACAGCCCGCUGCUGCCGGCGCUGGCGGCGCUGCUGCUGCACUACAGCGAGGACGAGGCCCGGUGCUUCGAGAGCCUCUCGCGCCUCAUCGCCAGCAACGCUCCCCACGCCGCCUACAUCGACCAGUCCUUCCUGGCGCACCAGGCCUCCUGCAUGACCUUCGGGGACCUGGCCAGCAAGCACUGCCCCGCGGCCCACAAGCUCAUCGCCGGCGCCGCCGACAACGUGCUCGAGGUCUACUCGGAGUGGCUGUCGUGGCUCUUCCCCGGGCUGCCCUUGGCCUACGCCGUGCGCGUGCUGGACGUGUUCCUGCUGGAGGGCCAGAAGGUGCUGUACCGCAUCGGCCUGGCCCUGCUCAAGCAGUUCCGGCUCUCGGCGGCCCCGGCCGGGCUGCAGGGCUCCGACGUCAAGGCCGAGCUGCAGGCCUUCGUCAGGAACAUCGCCCAGCACGUCAGUGUGGACAAACUCCUGGAGAGAGCCUUCGGCAUCCGCCUCUUCUCCCGCAAGGAGAUCUGGCUGCUGCACAUGGCCAACAGGAAGGCCUUGGUGGAGAGGGGCAUCACCGUGGUGCAGAGGAGGCCAUCCUUCCACCUGGCCGUGGACAUGCAGAAGUUCAGCUCCAGCACGGUCACGGCACAGGAGAUGCGCCUCGUCUGGUCUUGGCUGCCCGAGCGCUUCUCGCUCUUCCCCCCGCUGCUGCUCUUCUCCACCUCCCAGGACGGCUGCAGCCUGCAGAGGUUCUACACGUGCUGUGAAGGCUACGAACCCACGGUGCUGCUCAUCAAAACCACCGAGGGGGAGGUGUGUGGGGCCUUUCUCUCCUCCGACUGGGCCGAAAGGAAGAAGAGCGGAGCCACCUCGGGCUUUUUUGGGACAGGGGAGUGCUUUGUGUUCACUGUGCGCCCCGAGGCAGAGAGGUACGAGUGGGUGCUCAUCCAGAGGCCGGAGCUGGCCAAGGCCGUGCCGCGCUCCCGGCAGCGCUCGCCUUCCCCCGCUCCCGAGUCCCUGCUCGGCUCCUCCCGGGACAGCUCCAGCCGCCUGUCCCCGUUCCUGGCCACCAGGCACUUCCUGCUGCCCUCCAAAACGGCCUCCAUGUUCAUGUCCGGCUCCCGGGACGGCAUCGUUAUCGGCGGAGGGGGAGGCCAAGCGCUGUCCCUGGACGCCAGCCUGCUGCGGGGACACACGGAGCGCUGCGAGACCUUCGACAACCCCCCGCUCUGCCGGGAGAACUUCCAGGUGCAGCUCCUGGAGGUGUGGGGCUUCCAGAGCGCCUAGGGGCCCUGGGGACACCCCGAGUGCCACCCGCGGGCACGGGCACCGGGCACCGGGAC